UCGUUGUGACUGUGUCUAGCUAACGCAAAACAGGUGGUUGGUGGCGUCUCCUGAUCGGCAAGCAAGUUCAAGAAGUAUAUCGCAGUGCGCUGAACUUAACCGAGUGAUUAACACGUUCCAAAAGUAUGGGAGUUUAAUAGGAAGGGAUCUAAUUAUCAUCCAACCACAACACAACGAGUCUUGAACGGACGAGUGUAUUGGAACUCGGUCCCUGCUUCCUCAUUCGUUUCAUUGUCCUCGUUUGACACAUAAUAACGGGACACAUUGUCAAGCUGCUGUGGUAAUAUUCUGAUUCUUCACAGGAGAAACACGAAUCAACAAUACCAAAUUUAGCUUCCUUCGAUAACUUGAGUCGCUUGAUUUCCCAAUUGUUACCGUGCACCUACCCGUUGCCUCGCCUCUGCCAUAUGAUUUUGGAAUUAUACUACCUCUCAAAAUUUACGACGGGAAGAACCUAUAUUCUUCAGCAUUUUCUCUUUAUAUGAUCUGACGAAUAACGGUGAGACGCAGAAACGAAGACCAUGCCAAAACUUGUGUCCGUGAAACUCUCAACUCGAUCUUUACCGAGGAAAACCUUAGCCCAGGAAUCGUGAUAAAUCGUUGCAAUUUAAUCAACAUAAGUUGAUUAAUUAUUCAUCUAAUUGAAACAAUUUGAUAAACAUAAGUGUAUGGUCUGACAGAAUAUCGUGCCAUGGCAUCAUUAGCACCAGGACAGUCCGGUCGAAAUAGAGAUAAAUAGUUUGGAAAUUAAGAAUGAAAGAUAAAGUUGAUGUUUAACUUUGAGGAGGAAGUUGGAGGCCGUAACCGCGGGCCUCUUUUAGCAACACAAGAGGACAGUCUUGAUAACGGAAAGUGAGUGUUUCAGUUACAUAUCUCUACUGAGAUUGGUUACCUGCUUGGUUGAAAAUGGAACAAUUUUAUCAACCCCUACACCCAAUGGGCCAAUCCUUGAAUCAUGUGAAUGUAAGCCAAGGAGGCACCGAGGGUGCCGAGUUCGAGUUUUCGACGGCCAGUCACCGGGUUCUACUGGCUUCGCUACUUCUCGUUAUAUCUAUCGUGAGUUUCCUUGGCAACGCCCUGGUCAUCCUCGCCGUCGGGCUCUCCAGACGAUUGCAGACGACCACCAAUGUCUUCGUCAUCAACCUUGCCGUGGCCGACAUCGCCAUCACUGUGCUGUUGUGGUUCCACGUCGCCACACUGUUAACAUUCCAAGGUAUGCCAUUCGCUGAGCUACUCUGUAUGGCUGUUGCUGCACUGUCGUUGAUUUGCCUCGGGACCAGCGCAUUAUCGCUAACCCUGAUCGCCUUUAAUCGAUACUUUUUAAUCACCCACAAACCAACAUCGUACAUCAAGAUCUACACACCUCUUAAUAUUAUCUUCAUGGUUAUAUUUUCUUGGGUUUAUCCAGUACUGAUCAUCAUCAUUGGAACCCAGACUGGACUUGGAGAUCUAGGAUAUUCACAUAAGUAUAAAGUAUGUACGCAGGAUACGUCACAUGAGAAUGCGGACUACUUGAGUCUUCUAGGAGGACUAUCUGUUCUAACCCCAGCGGUUCUGCUGAUACUUGCCUGUUACGCAAAGAUAUACUAUCACGUUACCAGCCACAAUCGUCAACUCUAUCGAUCACGGAGUAUCGAUGGUAUGUCGGAUAUAACUUGCACAACGGGGGCGGUUUCGCCCGAUCAGCGCCGCCUUUCACGAUCGCCGCAUCAGAUGGGCGAUCCUGUAUCGCACAACGAAAGCAGCGCGAAUUCGAACGAUUACGAGAACCAAAACGGAACCGUGAACGGGAUGGCCACCGUGCUCUCGCUUGAGAAAAAGCGCGCGAAGAAGGUGCGCAGACAACAGGUCGAAAUAACUAAGAAUUUAUUUCUGGUAAUCUGCGCGUUUCUCCUCUGCGUCUUGCCGGCUACUAUCGGGAGUCUUAUCCCGUCAAGUGAUCCAGCCAUCCCGUGGAUCACGCUAAUCCUCGUCUUUAACUCGUGUAUUAAUCCCUUCAUCUACGCAUCCAGGCAUCCUAACUUCAAGACUGUCUUCAAGAGCAUUCUCUCAUGUCGCCUUGCUUCCGUGCCUGAAGGAAGUUGGAGAACCAAACGAUCGAGAUCGCGUUUCAGUCGCCAAAGGUCGUUCAGGGUUUGACGCAAGAUGUCCAGAUUAGGCCUACUCGCGAAGGACUGCGUCAAAGUUCGUCCUUCUUGCGUCAUUCAAGACUAAAGCCAUUUUGCAUCAAAUAUGAAUUGGCUUGUGCCAACGUUUUAAAUGUGUGAACGUUAAUUGACUUAAUGAGGCGACUAGACUGAGAGUUGUUAGGAGACUUGGCAUGCUGAAUAAUAUGUUCGAGAAUUAAAAAAAGUGUAGGGCCUACAAUGUCUACAGGCCGGCCCCACUUCUUUAAAGCACCAAUUUUCUUUUGAUCUAUCAACGAUAACGUAUCAAUAAAAGUGUGCCCAUUUGAAAUCUGAUUGAGAGAUUGGCAGAUGACUCAAAAUGGUCGAUAAUGCUACAACUUCGCGCCCGUUGGCCACAAGAAUCGAGAUCAUUGCGUCGGUGAACGAAUGCUGUAUAAUGACGUACGUAAAGAGAGCUGGUUUUUAUGUUAAUAAAUUUGAAAUGUCAUUUUCUAGGAGUGCAAUAGUCAUGUGACUGAUCAGUUGUGAGAACCUGGAUGGGAUUUUUCAUGGUCGGUUGACGAAUAAGGGGAUCUAGAACAUAGUAUUAAUUUGCCUAAUAAGGAGAUCUGGAAUGUCUCACAAUAAAGCGAUCUCUUUCAUUGUGCUUGAAUUUGAACUAAGAUAUUGAGAGGGAAUGAGAUCAACCCAACAUUUAAAUUUAAUUAUUAUGGGUGUGUGAUAUAUGGCGUGAAUGGCCGUCCAUAGUAAUCAAGUGAAUCGAGAAACCUUUUUCCUGGAGUGAUUUGUCCUCCAGUAUACUUGUAGAGAGUUUCACGAAAUGACUUGUCGGACGUUUCUUCCGACAAAGUAUGUAUUAGCGGACAGUUACCGUAGGAACCGUAUUUCUCUGUCAAUCAAAAUCAAGGAAAGAGCUGACUUGUUGAAUGAAAAAUUAAUUGUUGGUGAAACGCAGUACAGAAGCCAGUAACAUCAAUCUCCUCGAAUCAUUUUGAGAACGAAUACUAGUAUAGUGAUCCGACAAUAGACAUGAUAGAUGGCGCUAUUUAAAGCUUGUGACCAUGUCAUACGGAGUGCAGGCACUCUACGUGUGAUAGAAAUUUCGUGUGAGAAAUGUCAUUGAAUUGUUUUCCUGUAAUACCAUUUUUUAAAUAACUUGUCAUCAU